CAGCGCUCGCGCCGUUAGCACUAGGCUUUAGCCGCAUUGUAAGGCCUACGGCUCGAUGUUUCCUUUGAAACGCAGAGGAUAGAACGCUGAAGCUGCGUGAAACCGCGCUGACGGUGACGUAGUUCAGUACAACCUCAGAGUAAAGCUGCAGCUACGCGAAUGCACGUGAUGGCAGCAUUGUUAAACCCUUCUUUUUAGUUGUAGCUGACUCGCACGUCUCCUUCCGUCGAAACUUCCAUCGGAAGGGUCUGACGAAGAUACUUGGUAUGCGGAUGGUUUUCGCGACCCUCUACAAUUUCUCCUAUCCCCAUCAUGGCGGUGAUGCACCAUGCCAGUGGGCAUUUGCAUUUGCAUUGCCAUCCAGAUUGUGUAGCCCCUGGAAACUGUUCGGCCAGUGCCCUGUCACUGCCUAUGUCCCGGAGAGAAUCUCGAAGCCAGGUCGCUCUUGACAUGUUGUUGCUUGAAUGCUUCGUUUUGUUGCCAUCGACGCCAUCCAUCGAAUGUCAUUGUUGGCUGACAAGGAUGGCAGGUCGGCUACCGGCUCUGGCUUCUGCUUGGGCAAAGAAGGGUUGGCGGCCAUAUUUCCGCGGUGAAGGCACCCAAUCCUAUUUGACGGAGGCAACACAGCAUAUGGCCUCGAGUGGUCGAGUGGCAUGGCCGGAUUGCAAGGGAUUGACGGCGGCCAGCGAGGGCCAGCGAACGAUGGUCGGUUACGUAGCAGGGGUUCGCGCAAAUCUGGAGACGGGACCCAUGGAAGGCCAAGGGGGGCGGGAAGUCGUUGUCAGUCGCUCGCUGGUGAUCACGGUGUGCAGCGUUCACGGUGCCGCGCCGGUGCAGCUCGGUGCAGUAUGGUGCAGUGAGUGAGUGAGUGAGUGAAGUGAGUGAGUGACAGACUGACUGACAGAUGGGCCACGCCUCUGUCUCUUUGUGAACUCGUUGCGGUCUGUUUUCUCCCGUCCCCGCCAAACGUCG